AUGGUGCCUAAAGAUAGCAAUGUUCCUGCCACAUCGUCCUCCAACAAAGACCGUGUCGUCAAGAAGAGAGCAUCGCAAGCAUGUCACCACUGCAGAACGAGAAAGGUCAAGUGCGACCUGAUGAAAUCUGGUGUGCCAUGCCACAAUUGCGAAUCGGACGGCAUUGAAUGCGUCGUCGUCGAAUCCAGGCGCAGCAGGAAAUAUCGGCUUCAAAAACGACAGUUGACAGGUCUGGUCACUCUACCUCCGCUGAAGCAAGCCCAGUCCACGGCGACUGAAGACUCCCACUCGAACGAGGACAUCGGAGAAGAGGCGUUCAAGGAUCCCGUCGUUCCCGCUGCUGGUGCACCAGCACACACUCCCACUGCCAGGGUCAACAUCCUUCAAAGCCCAGUUGGGACAAAUUCAGGCCACAAUAUCGACGGCAUACGCUAUUGGUCUGUAAGCCGGAAUGUUCGUGCAGCUUCAUCGUCCCAGUCAGCAUCAUCAGCCGUCAACCUUCCAUCAUACAUACGUGCCGUUCGACCCAGCAUCAAAGGACAAGAUAUUGAUUUUCUGUCCUAUCGAGGCGCCUUGGCUCUACCAAACGACGACCUUCGUGAUCAACUACUACGAUGCUUUGUGCUCUAUGUGUACACAUAUAUGCCCAUUGUCGACCUCGAAGAGCUCCUCGGCGCCAUAGACGGUACUACGAAUGGGCCCAAAGUUAGCCUGACCCUUUUCCAAGCUGUCAUGUUUGCCGGAAGUGCGUUUGUCGACCUUGAGCUCCUUAAGAAUGCAGGCUACGAUAACCGAAGAGCUGCCAGGGCUGAUUACUAUCAGAAGGUCAAGUUGCUGUACGACUUUGACUGGGAUGUGGAUCGCAUCGCGCUCAUUCAAUCUCUCCUCCUCAUAAACUACUGGUACGUCUCUGAAACCGACCAGAAGGACCCGUGGCACUGGUGUGGUGUCUGCGUAUCUCUUUCGGUAAGCCUUGGGCUGGAUCAGAGGAUCACUUACCACCAGAGAGACCUCAAAACCUGUCAUUUGUGGAGACGAAUAUGGUGGGCCUGUGUCAUGCGCGACCGCAUCACAGCAGUAAGCAUGAGACGCCCAAUGAGGAUCAAAGAUGAAGACAUCAAUCUCAUACCACUCUGGUACGAUGAUUUUGAUAUACAACCCAUCAACACUUCAAUAGUGUCCCUCAAGGGGCUACCAUUCUUGACCGUCCCAACGCUCCGGAAGAGUCUUGCCGAAAUGUGCAUCGCCAAGAUCAACCUCCUACUAACCAUGGGUCACAUCAUUCGGGAUCUGUAUCACUUACGCGUCUUUGGUGGCUCGACGGCCCAGGCUACGAUGUUAUACAAGCCCAAGGCGUCACGCAUUGAACCAGCACAGUUGAGCAAGCUCGGGGACGAACUAGCCCAAUGGUACAGAGAUCUGCCAGGCAGCUGCUGGGUUCUGCUUCCGUCGUCGGAAAACGUGCGUCGCUAUGAUUCUGCCACGGAAGACGCCCUGUUUUUGCACCGAGCCCUGCUGCGCAUGACGUAUCUGUUGGCCACGGAGAACCUCAGCAGGCCGCAAAUGCUCUCGAAAGGAAUGUCGACUGACUCGACAAACAACAAAGUGAAAGACGCGGCCGACGAUAUUGCCGAGAUGGUGCAGCGACUACAGAAGCGAGAUCUGGUCAAGUUCCUCCCGCCUUUCGCAGUCAGCUUCAUGCUGUUCGCUCUCGCCGCGUUCCUCGUCGAGAUCAAGACAAAGGGUCAGAACUUGCCGGGCCAACAGUUCCACCACUGCGUCCGAGCAUUGUGGCAACUGCGAGACAUUUGGCCCAUUGCGGACUCUGCAUGUUUCCUGAUCGGCCAAAUGAUCGCCAAAAGCCAGGUGGGAGGAAUCUCGACACCAGGCAUCCAGCCCGGCGGAAUAUCCUACAACAGUCGCGUGAAAGAUGAACCCAGCCAAAGCAAUGAUGUGCAGAGAGAAACGCAGGAAAUUCCACAACCUCCGCCGAUCGGCCAGUUUGUCGAGCAAGCGCAUACCAAUACGAGUACGGUGGAUAUGAUCAUGAACAACAACAGCAACAACAACAACAAUAUCACCUCAAUGACGGCCCUGGACCAACACCACCAUAUUACGAACACCUCUACUUCUAUGGACCUAGAUCAGCUCCCGACGGAUCUGAUGUCGGGCUCGAUGACGUUUCUCGACAUGAACGAUCCAACGCUGUACGAAUGGACAGGGUCCGAGUUUGACGGGGCCAACUACGCCGGGGCCGUCAUCACCAACGGACACGCCUUGCACAUGGACUUUGCCUUUGACGGGCUGGGCAGCGAUUUCCAAAACAACCUGCUCGGAUUCGGCCCGUCGUCCAACGACCUCGACCAACUUGGCCUGGACAUGCCGUAUACGACUACGUCGACCGGUGUGCCGAGGGCAGCCUUGACGGGCGACUGGGACCCGCACAUGCAGAAUCCGUUUAUGGGAUGA